AUGGCCACUGUUGAGAUUCAAUCCACACCAGCAACAGAAGUAGGAACUAUUCCAGCUGAAAUCGAGGCGAAAAUCACACCAGAGACGAUCAAAAUUGAGGAAGUAGCCCCCGUUACAGAAGAAACAGCACCAGCACCAGCACCAGCAGAAGAAACCGCUUUAGUUGAAGAAAAAGCGGUCCCUAAUGUGGAAGACACCGUGAUCGAACCAGCACCAGCACCAACACCAGCACCCGAAGAAGAGAAAUCAGCCCCAGCUGUUGAGGAAGCAGUGGCUGAAGAGAAAACAGAGGAAACAGUAGCUGCAGAACCAGAAGUUGUUGAUGAUGAAAAAGUUGAAGUGAAGACUGAGGCAAAAGAAGAAGAUGAAAAAGUUGUUGAUGCAUCAGCUGUUGAACAAGUUGAGAAGACUGAAGAGUAAAACUGAUUUUGACUCUUUUUAUGAUGAAAA